AUGAGAAAGAACAAUUUAGAUCACUUUGGCCUUAAUGCUCCCCUUUCAAAAAUUAUAAAAUUCAUGAACGUUAUGAAGGCAACACCGAGUGGGAACCAACAAGUUACCGUGUUUUUCAAUGGAAGGGCUUUCGUCUGUGACAUGACUGAACUCCAGGCUAGAGCCAUACUUCUAUUUGCAAAUAAAAAAAUGGAAGAAGGAAGAGAAACACAAGAGUUGGAGUUGGAGUUGGCAUUAUCAUCAGUGUGCUUGCAAUCUCAGAUAUGUGGUUCUCCAGGGCUUUCCAUGAAGAGGUCACUUCAGAGAUUCCUCCAAAAGAGAAAGCAAAGGAGUCAAGCCUCCUCUCCAUACAACUACAAUUUAUAA